GGCACCUCUCAACUUGCGUCCAGUAGGAAAUGUCCUCCCCGCCUCGCCAGGGCCGGCCUCAACCCUUCCAAAGGCGCUACAAUAACCCCACCGGACAAGGCUUCACACCAAACCCAACAGAUAAACGCGAUUUUGUGGACGGAAAGCGAGUGCGAAAGGCGAUUCAACGACGGACUGUUGACUACAAUGGAGUCGUCAUUCGGCACUUGGAAUUGAGAUCCUGUGCACGAGGAUGGAAGGAUUAUGUUGCGAUACAACCUGAUCCGAACUUUAUUGUUAACAUUCAGCCACCCUUUUGCUACCCGAACAAUCACUCCACAUCCGUGACGACCAAGUUUGUGCACACAUCCACCAACAAGAUCCGAUGUCCUAUCAACGCAGUUCGGUGGACGCCAGAGGGCCGCCGUCUUAUAACCGGUGCAUCAAGCGGGGAGUUUACACUAUGGAAUGGUCUCACCUUCAAUUUUGAGACAAUCUUACAGGCACACGACAAAGCGGUUCGAACAAUGGUUUGGUCCCACAACGACACAUGGCUUAUCACAGGAGAUGACUCUGGGAUUAUCAAGUAUUGGCAGUCCAAUAUGAACAACCUCAAAGUCGUUGUAGCACAUAAGGAGACCGUGAGAGAUCUGACGUUUUCUCCUACGGAUGCAAAAUAUGCAAGUUGCUCGGACGAUGGAACCAUUAAGAUCUGGUCGUUUGCAGACGCGAUUGAGGAAAGGACUUUAACUGGGCAUGGGUGGGAUGUGAAAUGCAUUGAUUGGCAUCCCAGCAAGGCACUGCUAGCCUCUGGAUCCAAAGAUAACCUCGUGAAGCUUUGGGAUCCAAAGACCGGGAAAGCCCUUGCCACGCUCCAUGGACACAAAAAUACUAUUCUAGGAAUCGAGUGGAAUAAGAACGGGAACUGGCUCGUAACGGCGUCAAGGGAUCAAUUGCUCAGGGUGUAUGAUAUUCGGACUAUGAGAGAGCUCCAAGCCUUUAGAGGACAUAAGAAGGAUGUACAAUCGGUUGCAUGGCAUCCAGUGCACGAAUCCUUGUUUGUUAGUGGUGGAAGCGACGGGAGUAUGAUGUUUUGGGACGUUGGCACAGAGCAUUCAGUUGGAGGUAUGGAAGGCGCUCAUGAAUCGUCGGUCUUUGCCCUCGACUGGCAUCCUAUGGGACAUAUUCUGGUAUCUGGGUCCAAUGAUCACACAACACGAUUUUGGACACGUAAUCGUCCAGGGGAUGCUAUGCACGAUCGGUUUGCGUUUACUAGACAACAAGCGGACGCGAUGGGACUCAAAGCAGAGGACGAGGAGGAUGAGGCCAGCGAGGAGGGCAGUCAGGCAGGGGGGGACUGGGAUGGUGGAGCGGGUGGUGCAUUGCCUGGUCUUGGCGAGUUUGAUGGUAUUCCUGGGAUUGGCUUUGGUGGAUCUGGGAUAAGCGUGGGAGGACGGUAUGGGAGAGAUGAGGAAGACUCGCGGGCUACCAAGCGACCAAGAGUUGACGGUGAAUCCGGACAUGGAAGAUCUGGAGGGAACAGAGGCGGACGGCAGAAUCAAAAUCGCGGCGGGGACUGGGGUGGACGUGAUCGAGGCGGAAGACAGGAUCAAUAUGGCCGCGGAGGGUCUACCUACUCGGGACAAGGAGGGCGGAAUGCACAGAAUCGUGGUGGUGGUGGUGGAUACGGACGAUCACAUCCUCAAGAUGGGACUCCACCGACUGCUGGACCACCACCCUUUACACACACCUUUGACACACUAUCCCAACAGCAGCCACCCCCGGUUGCUCCAUCGCAACAGGGCCAGCAACUAUUGACUCAGCUGGCUGCGCAAGGCUUCCCAAUCAAUGCGGGAUUGGUAAAUGCUUUGACGGGGCUUGGGACGGGCCCCGCGGGUGGAUCUGGAAGAUAGUGGAUGAUUUGACUAGAAUUUGGUGUAAAUAGUUUCUGGAAUUAAUGUGGGAUCUAGUGGCAAGCUACUGUGAAUGUUUGCAUGCCAUAGUUUGCUGGUGAUGCUUUGAGCGGAUCAUUGUUGCCCCUUUGUUCGAGCAAAAUCAGCGUUUAUUGCAAGACCGCCUUUUAUUCCUUGUCCACUAGACCGAAACUCACAGGGAUAUAUCUCAA